CGCUUCUCCAUGAAUUAAAGCGCAUUUCACAUUGACAUUCAUUCUGUCUGAAAGCGAGGACCUUACUUGCUUACUAAUGUACACUUAUGAAGUACCCUUCUAAUACAGACAACAUGGGGUCCCAAAGAAAGGACAGUUUCCUCUGGGGAAAAGCACCUUCAGCUACUUUCACUCCAAGUACCAAGAGUCAGAUUGAAGUCAAUGACCAAAAGCAUGUGAUUCUAGAUGAUAUUCAGAAACUCAGGCUGGAGAUCGAAAACAUGAUGACAGAAAUUCAAACGAUGGAAGCUGAUGAUGAGAAUAAAAAUGUCAUGAAGAACAAGAGAAUCCAAUGUGGAAAAAAGAAAUUUAACAUGGACCCAAAGAAGGGUAUUCAGUACCUAGUAGAUAACAACCUAUUGGAAUGGAAUCCAGAGGCUGUGUCAGAGUUCCUAUACAAAGAGGAAGGCCUCCAUAAAACAGCUAUUGGCAACUUUCUAGGGGAAUGGGAGGACAUCCACCUUCAGAUUCUGCAAGCUUUCGUUGACCUUCAUGAGUUCUCAAACCUUAAUUUGGUUCAAGCUUUGAGGCAGUUUCUGUGGAGUUUUCGACUGCCUGGUGAGGCUCAGAAGAUUGACCGUAUGAUGGAAGCUUUUGCUUUGCGCUACUGUACCUGUAAUCCUGGGGUUUUUCAGUCCACAGACACCUGUUACAUCCUCUCCUUUGCUAUCAUUAUGCUCAACACAAGCUUGCACAACCCCAAUGUAAAGGAAAAGACUACACUAGAACGCUUCAUCAACAUGAACAGAGGAAUCAACAACGGAGGAAAUCUUCCCGAUGAACUGCUGGAGAAACUUUAUGAGAGCAUUAAGAACGAACCCUUCAAAAUCCCAGAAGAUGAUGGUAAUGACCUCACUCACACCUUCUUCAAUCCUGACCGAGAGGGAUGGCUUCUUAAAGAGGGUGGAAGAAUUAAGACUUGGAAAAGGAGAUGGUUCAUUUUGACAGAUAGCUGUCUGUACUAUUUCCAGUACACCACUAAUGACCCACUUUUACCUUCUCAGGACAAAGAACCAAAGGGAAUCAUUCCAUUGGAGAACUUAUGUGUUAGAGACGUGGAAGAUGCAAACAAGCAGUUCUGUUUAGAGUUGUUUAGCCCUCAUCGUAAAGGGGAAACAAUAAAGGCGUGCAAAACUGAAACAGAUGGGAGAGUCGUGAUGGGCAAACACCAGUCCUACAAGCUAAGUGCAGCAUCCGCCGAGGAACGUGCCGAGUGGAUUCAGGACAUCAGAGCCUGCAUCACUAAGGACCCUUUUUAUGACCUGGUUUCUGCACGCAAGAAGAAGAUCAUCAGCCAGACUGAACACCAUGACUGAAGCAUUUGUAUACAGAUUGAACUGAACAGAUCUGAUCUGAACACAUAUUGGAACAUCAACAGAGGCCGUCUGAACUGUUUGGAGAACUGCAAGAGAUGACGAAUGAAGUUCCCCGGGGUGCUAUUUUUCAUCACUCUCUCCAUGCAUCACAACUGCUGCUACAUUUGCAGCUGUAGUUCUUGCUAAGAGCGGUGUUGUUGUGGUCGGAAGUUCUGUGUGAAACUAUUUUCAUAUUUAUUUUCAAACCUACAAGAAAUGUUACCAUAAAAAUCAUCUGUAAGUGACCCUUGAAAGGAAUAAGGUGUCUCUCUCUCUCAUUUGUAAAAUAUUGUAUAAACAAAUAUAUUGUAAAAAUUAUAACUUGGCACUUUGUGUGUAAAAUAGUUUGUAUAGUGUUUUGGGGUCAAAAUGUAAAGUUUCAAUUUUGUUUCUAUAAGCAGCUGUUAAUUAAAAAUGUUACUCUACAAAUUA